AUGUCGAACCCCAGCAAUCAACGUGCUCCUCCUCCAUCUGGCGAUCUCACAUUCCAACCUUGUCGACACCUUCCAAACCACGACUCCGCCACCUCGCCGAACAACAGCGGCGUCAUGGACACCAGCUACCUCGCCCAGCAGGUGGGCACCAUUAUCGGCCAACUCCACGGCCUCUUUGACGAGAUUGGUGUCCCCAAUCACGACCGUGAAACACGUGAAUCAGAGCUCUUCGAGGCUCUCUCGAAAGCCCUCCAUGACCAAGUCCGGCUGGUCACUGCUGAGAAGGAGGAUAUGAUGGAUGAGGCCCAGCGGAUGAUCACGACCAUCCGCCAGAUGGAAGCUUCCCUCGACGACACCCGACGUCGCGAUCACGACGACGAAGACUUGCAAAUCACCUACCCGCUGACUCGCUGCCUGCAGCACCUCAAGGAGAGACACGUUCAGAUCGGCAGGCUGCACAAGGAGCGGUUCGAGCAAGUCAAGAAACUUGUUCAGGCCCUCGAAUCCUACUCUUCCCACCUCGAACCUACCUUUGUCAAGAUCGCUCUGCCGCCCACGGCGCCGAACCAAUCGGUCCCUCCGUCCUUUGAUCUCUCUCCUACGUACGUCGACAAGCUCGACAAUGAAUUCACCCGCGUCUACGAGGAAUACACGCGUCGGGUAGCCAACGUCAAGUCCCUCUGCGAGCACAUGAUCCAAUUAUGGGCCGAGCUCGGCACGCCCCAGGCGCAGACCGACGGCGCCAUUGUCAAGUACUACCGCGACUCGCCCGAGCAGCUGGGUCUGCACGAAGAGGACGUCAACCGGCUGCGCCAGAAGCGCGACAAGCUUGCCGACGAGAAGAAGAACCGCGAGAAGCACCUCGUCAGCCUGAGAGCAGCGGUCGAGGCGCUCUGGGAGAAGCUUGGCGUCGACAGUGGCGAGCGCAAGUCGUUCCUCAACGCGAACCGCGGUUGUGGCCUGCGCCAGAUCAACGAGUUUGAGGACGAGCUCGCACGGCUGAACGAGCUCAAGCGGCAGAAUCUGCAUCUGUUUGUCGAGGACGCGCGGUACAAGCUGCAGGAACUGUGGGACGCCCUCUACCUCUCCGAGGACGAGAUGCUCGAGUUCACGCCCGCCUUUUCCGACGUGUACAGCGAUGCGCUGCUCGAGGCCCACGAGCGGGAGAUCUCACGUCUCGAAGCUGUCCGCGAGCAGCGGGCGCCGAUCCUGGCCCUCGUGGACAAGCACAGAACCCUGACGCAUGAUCGCGACGAGCUGGCGGCCUCCAGCCAGGACGCUUCGCGUCUCAUGAUGCGUGGACAAAAGGGCGAGAGGCGCGACCCCGGAAAGUUGUUGCGCGAGGAGAAGCUGCGCAAGAGGAUCACCAAGGAGCUGCCCAAGAUUGCGGCGGAUCUGCGGAAGCAGCUGGAGAGGUGGGAAGACGAGUACGGCCGGGACUUUUUGGUGCACGGCGAACGAUAUCUCGACAUGAUCGACGCCGACGAAGCCAAGUCUGGCCCGGCGCCGGGUCCACGAUCCAAGACCCCUGCGGGGCCACCAGCUUCGGCAUCCAAGGUGGCGCGACCGGGCACCAUCAGCCGGGCGAACAGUGCGGCUAAAUCGAUAGCCGGCGGCGGCAGCCGAGCGGGCGCGAAGACGCCGACGGCAGCAGCACCGGCCGCAGCAACGACGACGAAGCGCGCGGCACCGACAAACCCCAAGGGCAGCCCUUCGAGGAUCCCCGCGCGCGCCCCCCUUUCGAACCUCAAGAACGGCAACAACUCGCCCGAGCGGCCACGACCAGAGACACGGGCAGAAGGCCGACCGACGGGGCCGGGAGGCACAAUGCGCAACGGCGCGCCGAUGCGUGCGCCGCCACCCAAGAUGCGCGAGCUCGUGCAUGUGCCGGAGCUCCAGACGCCGGUCAACCCGUACAAGUCGGCGGGCCUCGGCUCUAGCAUCAUCCGCCAGGCCGAGCUCGAAGAUGUGUACGAGGACCCGCAGCCGCAGCCGGCGGCCGAGAGGAUAACGCGGUCCAACUCGACGCUCUCGCACCAGUCGCACCAGUCUCAUCAGUCGCACCAGUCGCACCACUCCCACCACUCCCACCAGUCUCAUUCACAAUACGAAUACGGCUCGAUGCGGGGGGCGCCGGCCGUCAUGGCGUACCCGCAGGCACCACCGCCGCGGCAGAUCUCCAACUCGUCCAACGGGUCGAGCAACGUGACGGGGUCGGAGAACUGGGAGACGUACGACGACAACAGCGAGCCCGAGGCGGACGCGUCGGACACGUACUACGCCAAGGUGCGCGCGGCACGGGGCAAGCGCAUGGAGCCCGAGGCGGCGGGCUACCGGCCCAACGCCAGCCAGACGAAGCGGCUGCGGGCGAUCCCGGCGCAGCAUGCGGGACAUGCCUACAUGGACGAGGGAGGCGAGCGCAUCGUGUCCAACGCCAGCGGGUGGACGGACGAAGAAGCGUACUGA